AUGAUAAUCAGAAUUUUUAUAGCGUUGUCACUGGUUACCAGCGCCAAUGCCAUGAUUGAAGAGAUUUCGGUUCCCCCUAAUCUACUGGAAUGUUUUCAACAUUACGCAUCUAAAACAAGUGCCGCCAAGACAGUAGGCCAAUCAAUUCAUUGGAUGUGUACCCAUUUAUUUACAUGGCGAGAGUCUGGAGUUAAAGGAUGGUUAAUGUUUAACAUGACCCACGAGGCCAGGGUUUGGUACCAUUCGUUGUUACCUGUUAUCAAUAAAGGUUUUACUGUAAAGAAAAGGAGUGCCCGGAUGUCUCGGGGAUAUCGCAUAAGAAAAGAAAUUCGUAUGAUGACCAAUAGGGAGAGAGAUGACUUCUUUCGAGCAAUUCAAUUACUAAAAGCUGAUUCAAGUAUUCAACCAAACAAAUAUAGUGCGUUAGCAGCAUUGCACGAAGGACUUGCUGUCGACUCAGCUCAUGGUGGUCCAAAUUUCCUCGGAUGGCAUCGGUAUUUUCUGCUAAUGUUUGAGAAUGCUUUAAGAGAGAAAGUUCCUGAUGUGUCAAUACCGUAUUGGGAUUCAUCCCUUGAUGAACCAAUGACAAACCCAAGACAGUCAUGCUUAUGGAGUGAACAUUUCUUUGGUAAUGGUGAUGGUAUUGUAACUGUCGGUCCAUUUGCGGACUGGAAUACUGCGGUUGGACCGUUAAUUAGAAAUAUGGGGCACUUUGGUGAACUUUUCAGUAAAACAAACAUUGCAAACAUUAUGAGUAGAACAUACGUUUCAGAAAUAACAGAACCGCUUGGAUUACCAGAAUAUAACAUAGAAGUUCAGCAUGGAGAAGUCCACAACUGGGUUGACGGACAGUUAGGCGAGUUAAGUACGGCAGCCCAUGAUCCGGUCUUCUACCUUCAUCAUGCAUUUGUUGACUACUUGUGGGAACAAUUUCGAAGACAACAACGCAUGCGCGGCAUUAACCCAGAUCUGGAUUAUCCCUCCAUUGUUAACCAUACAUUACAUGCAGCAAAUGCACCUCUAGGAUUUGGUAAUCUUCAAAAUAUUGACAGUUAUAGCGAUUAUUUAAUUAGUGGUAUGUAUGAAUACAUGCCAUCACCGUCCUGUUCAUUUGAAAAUCCGUCUUGUGGUUCUCCGUUCCUUCAAUGUGCUGCAAAUUUUACAAGCUCGUAUUGUGUAUCCGUAGACCGAUCCGCGCUUGGGAUGAGCGCUUCAAAUAUUCAACAACAGCAAACAAUGAAUAACAGAGGUAAUGUUCAGCGAAGGUGGAAACGACAAACACCGGUGUUCUCCUCCAAAACGUCAUGGCAAUCAAUGAACAAUGCGAAUAAUUUUAAUUCAGGUGCAAUGUUCCAAAGAAGUUUCCAAAAUUCAGUAAAUAUGAUGGGACAGACCAGUCCAGGAACAAUGCAACGAAUGAUGCAACGACAACCUCAGUCUCCCUCAGCUAUUUUGGCAGCAUCUGGUCGACAAAUGAUGAACCCAAUGAGAACCCAACAAAACCAAGUCGGUGCGGUACAACAGAAUAUCCAGAACUUUGUAGCAUCUAAUAGAAGGAUGAUCGAACAGUCAAUGGCUCCGAAUCCUCUUAGAGGAUUCAGUAAUAUGCAACAUGAAAUGACAUGUCCGGCUAUUCCUGUCAAUCGACGUUACCAAAACUCGUUUAAUAUCAACGGCUUAAGUGAUGUGAACCAGUGGGUAUAUUUACCGGUUAAGAUCAUAUACAAACGUCCGCCAAACUACAAUUAUAAUUCAUAUCCAAUCAUCAAUGGCGCUUUAUCUAAUACAAACGAUAUAUACUCUUCAAUGGGUUACACCAAUCUUCACCAAAGACUGAAAACAAUUCAACUGGCAACAUACUCCAGUUGUAAAACUUCCACUUCCGGUGCUGGAAUGGUUUAUGUACAAUCAAAUGGAUUGAAUUAUCUUGGAACUUAUAAAGAAUUUGCAAUUGUUGAUAAUCGAAUGGCCUUAUCUCUUUCAACAACAUUCAUAGCUGUCAAAAGUCCAGAAUUAGGUGUUACAGAUGUAUUGUUGUCUGCUUUUGAUUCUUGUGGAAGAAUAUGUACUCCUUACUGCCGUAAUCCUGCGUCACCAACUGGUGAGUCCCAUCCCUGUUCCGGAGCAUUACGGGUUACCUCAAAUUAUCCGAAGUUAUAUAGUAAAAACUAUGGGGACGCUGUACUAACAACAUGGAAUAUGGCGACUGGAAAUUGUCCAAAACUAGUAGAAGAUCAAGUUUUUGUUUCAUUUUAUUGUGAUUAUGUUCAAGAAUGGCCAUUACCGGGCCAGAUGCCAAUACAAACACCACCAAUGCAACCACAACCACAACCAAACAACCAAGGAUUUAUGCACUUCUUACCUACUAUUCCACCAAAUACAGUAAGAGGUAUAGUUCCAAGUCACGAAACAACCGCCGUCAUCAUUGCUAGUAAUGUUGCGUGUGAUGUUGGGUAUGGAUGUAUAAUUGGUGCACAGUGCAGACCUUGCCAACAUGGGAUUGCCAUCAAGUGUCAUGGGACAUGUUCUUUGUACGCACAGUGCGGCAUGGGGACAUUUUCGUUCAAACGCUGUGUUGACGGUGGCAAAUUUGACGCUGCUACGAGCACUUGUGUUACAGGAACAUGCGCUGAAGACGAAAUGCCACCGAAUUAUACAGGAUAUAAAAUGAACGGGGCUCAAACUGUCACUAAACGUACUGAAGUGGGUGGAGAUUGA